CUUUGUGAAGGGCUGUCGGGUACAUCGCCAUGACAACCGGUCUAGCAACAGCUUUCGGACUCACACACACCCACUUCAUUAGAGAAACAUUUUGCAAUUUAUCAAGGUGAAUCUACUUCGGGUAGGUAAAUACCGGACGUGGAUCCCUCAAACGGUAAUAUUCUCCAAAUCCGCGGUGUCAUUGCUCGGGCAACCAGCUAGCGUCCCAUCUGAAAACGCCCCUCGCACACUUCGCAGAAAACAAGGCCUGCCCCCAGAACACAACCAAUCUUCACUGAUAUGGUGGCACUGCUCCAGUUACGGCGCUUAAAAUGUAAAUGAUUACAGCAGGAAAUUAGACGGACACGCUCUCCACCAGCAGUCUGUGCCGUGUUUGGUGCUUGUUUCAUCAUACGAUAGCAGGCAGCCCAAUUCCAAACGCGCGUGUGCGACGCAUUGUGUGGGCUUCUCAUUACAUUCAGCGGGAUGGAUCGAGCGUGAUCGUGUGAUAUUCAUCUCCUAGUGCGGUCUCUGCAGUCAAAGCGCUGACUUUCUACGAAGUUGGACACGCAAAGCCAAUCAUGUGCCAAGAGUUCCCUGGCUCCCCGCCAGCCAUCAUCAAUAAAGACGCAGACAGCACUGGUGACCUGCAGUCUAUUUCUCCAGAGUCGAGCUUGGCGUACCGGCGCCGCGUGCUGCUUCUUGGCGGGACGGGGAGCGGUAAGACCAGCCUGGCAAAGUCGCUGGCCAGCGGUAGCUCACAAACCUCCGACGGAACCACGGAAUCGUUGGAUGUUCAUGUGUGGAGCCCAUUUCAUGGAACUACUUACGAGAAUUUGCUGGAAAACGAACCGACGGGAUAUGAACGAUCAAUGGUGUUGGACGUUUGGGAUUUGGCAGGACGGAAGGUUUGGCAGAAGUUUCAUCACUUGUUCUUAACACCUGCUACGCUUCCAGUCAUAGUCUUCAAUUUGGCCGACCAAGAAAGCUGCGAGGAAGUGGCCAAAAUUGUUGACCUUAUAUGGGCAAAGGUUCCUUCGAGCAGGAUAGUUAUUAUUGGUACACACGUCGAUAAACUCAGCCAAGAAGAGAGGAACGCGGAUAAAUGUCAAGACGUACUUGGCAUCUUGAGAAACAGACAUGCGCACUGCAUACAAAAAAUACAGCAAGAAGUGCACAACCUACGGAACCUUUCUGAGACGGCCAGAACGCCGAAGUGUAACCAACGAAUGAGACAUCUGGAAGAACUACUCCAGAGAUUCCCAAGCCCCCCAACAUCCAUAAUCCGAUGUAGUAGCAAAACUGCCAAGGGGCUUGAUGACGUAAGGCGCGAUAUUCUCCAAGCUGUCCUUGAUACGAGCCGGCAGUAUUCAGUGGAACAAAGUAUGCCUAUCCGACCAGUGACCGCCGAUGUUUAUGACGAUAUCAUUAAUUUGAGGAAGGAGUCCAAUGUUGUAGUCUCUGCUCGAGAUGUCCAUGAACUUUUCGCCAAACAUGAAGUCGGUCUGAGCAAAGAGGUGGAGGCAGACGAGGUGGCAUUUUUGGAAACCUCGGGUGUCACGCAAUGCAUUAGCGGCCUCAGUGGCAUUGAUGAGGAUAAUCUCGUCUGCAUCAACCCGCCGGCUUUGGCCAAAGCCUUGUGCCUCGUUCACAUGAGCGACACCAAAAAGGCCUUCCGAUUUGAAGCCAAGCGUUUCUGGCCCAAGUCAGAGAGCGGGAACAGCAAGAAGCCCAACCCGGCAGUGCUCGUUCAAGCCCUGGAGGAGGUGGCCACGGAAGGACUGGUUCGCGAGUCUAUGUUCCCGUUGCUUUGGCAGGACCUAAACAUGAACGAGAAGCAAACCAAGCUAGUUCUAGACCUAAUGGCCAGGCUAGGGCUUCUGAAUCGAGCUGCCGAUGCCCACGGAGAUGCUGAGAAGAAAUGCCUCGAAUUGCCCAACUACCCAGGCUUGCUAGCCAAAAUACAACACAGGUUACCACUGCUCGGCCUUACCCCAGACACAGGCCCUACACUAAACUGGACCCCCAGACCUUUCAAGGGUGAUGCGCAGAUUGGUUGGAGGUACACGUUCCCUCUGGGCACACCCCCUGGGUUAGUACCUAGACUUCUCGUCAUGUGUCGAACCAACACCCCCGGUGCCAUGUACAGACAUCACUGGAAGAACGGGGUGCUACUUAAAAUGGGACAGGUAUCCGUGAACAUCAAACAGCCGGACACUGGUCAGUUGGAGAGGGUCGAUCUCUACGUACGUGUCACCGUGGACGAGGAAGGAGAGAAGAGAGCCACGGAGGUACUGUGGACAGUGUUGGCGAGAUUCCUGGUAGUUGCCGAGAGGUUCUUAGCAUCAUGGCCCGGUUUGUACUAUCAGGUCUCGGUUUUACCAAGCUCGAUGUACUACAGGAGUGAGUCAAUCAUGGAGGAACUAGAGAUCGCUCUGUUAGACGUCAUUCGAGAAUCUGCAGCCAGGAAGAAGACGAUGGACGUUUGCAUAAAAGACCAAAAAUGCAAAGUGAACGUGGAUUGUUUAUUGCCUCUGCCCGGAGAGGCCGACCUGUCCAUCACACGUUGGCUUGACUGGCUUGCUAACCUCGACAUCCAGCUCAGCGAAUCCACGCCCAGCAUCCAGGAACCAGAUGACCAGCCGUCAUCCCGCAACAGUUCUCAGAGCAGUCUCCAACCUUCGGGCUCACCGCCCAGACCCUCUCCCUCCCCUCCCAGGGGAGAUAGCCCCAGGGUGCUUACUUCCCCGCCGGUCAAGACGAACAAGAAGGCGGAGAUUAAAUGGAAGCUGGAUAAUGGUUGGAGGAGGGUGUCCAUGGAGGACGAACUCAAAGAGAUAAAGAAGGUUGCUGCAUCCUUUGUGGCCGCUAUUCUAGCCGGCGCCGUAGCCCAGCUGAUCACGGAGCAAUCCCGAACCGAGGACCGCGGACGCACAUUGAUGGAGAAGGAAGCCAAACACGCCGCUGCCCUGGCUUCGGCUCGGGCAGCGCAGGCCGCCCAGAGCGGCAACGCAGAGGCUGCGGCUAUGGCUGUUGUGGCUGCCGCCCAAGCGAUGGACAACGCCAUGCUGGUCAGAAAGAAAGGGAGUAAAGGGACGACAAUGAUCAAGAGUAGAAUGUGCACCAUCAUGUGAUUGACAUCUCCUCAGUCAGAGACUAAGAAAUGGAAGCAUUCCACCUUCUGAUAUCGAUGUACUUCAUGUAUUCUACACUUUGGAAAAGUGGUCUAUCUCGUCAGACAUCUGCAUUAGUCUUAACUAGAUUCUGGGCGUUGUUGACAAGUCCAUCACAAAUCCGGUCGCAAUUUCUUUUGAAGUUAGACCAGUCCUAUACAUAAUAAGGUGAACAAUGACAAGGGAAGGCUUAAAUUGUCGUCACAGCUUGUAACUUGGCUGAAGACUGAAUGGCUUAUGAUGGACUUGUGACGGACAGACUAGAAUACAGCACUUUUAAAUUCGAACCAACAUUCACACAAAUCAUGCAAUGUUUAUUAAAUAGCCCCACAUGCAACGCACAAACAGAAAGGUGUAACUCACCGGCCAAUGUUACUGCUGCUCGGCCACCAUUGUACAUGCAUUGCAGGUUACGCCGUGUCUUGGUAAUGGUAUUGUAUUGGUUCUCACUGUUGUGUUGCUUCCAUAGCAGCAACACCAAGCUAUAUCAAAAUGACUUCCUUCAAAUUCCAUAUCCACCAUGAGGUUGCUUCACUGAAUAAAGAUAAGAUGAUGGGAGUGGUUAGAAUAAAUUUCCCUGAGAGGUUUACUUUUAGUGUCCAGAUGAAUAGAUUUCAAACUGGACCAAUGAACAUGUUAAAAAUUGGAAUUCACGAAAAGGUUGGUAGCUCAUUAUUGUCAAAGGCUUGACGUCAUCAUCGGUAUUUUAUCGAUACAUUGGACAUUCAAACGCUGUGAAUAAUGUACAGAUAUUUAUUUCUUUUCAAUACAACCAGUAUUUAUUCAUUUCUAUUAUCUUAUGUAUAUGUUAUGAUAUAUUAUAUCUCCCCAGAAUGGGCUUUAAGCAUAUCGUCAAGAGAUAAUGUGAUUCAUUGAUUGUCUGGAACGCAGACGUAAAGACGAUUUGUAUGGAACAAAUUUAAAAAGGUGAUCAAAGUCAAAGACCGGGAUGCGCAGACAUGCACGUCAUUCCGAGAAAACAUAAAUAGAUCAAUCGGCAAGAAUGUGCCUGCAUGCUGUGUUAAUACUUCGGUAAAAUAAUGUUGAUAAGUCUGUAUCUUUACUUGAAAUAAGCUUUGAAAAACGCCGUGAAUUUCAACCCCAAAUUCAACCACUGAACACACAUAAUGAUUUUGUUUGAAGUGCUUCCUAAUUUCAGAGAUCAUGGGGGAAUUUUAAGGUAAAUAAAGUUAAAUAUUACCGAUGGUGUAUGGUUCGAUAACACAUUUCGCAAUCAGUGUAACUUUGAUUUGUAAGUCGCUUAAUUUUAAUGUCGAAUGAAUUUGGUUUAAAUUUAAGCUUAUCAGAUAAAUCAUUUGGCACAGUAGCAGCUAUUGAUGCAAUUCGUGUAAUAAAACCGGGCAAAUCUUGUAACUGCAAUUUAAGUAGAGUAUUAUUUUUGUUUCAAAGUUGCAAUGCACACCAUUUCCUACAAUGAUCCUUGAGAAAUGCACUUUUUUAAAAUUUCAAUUAUUCUUAGUUUCGUUGAUAUUUCUGGAUAUUGUAAAUACAUUUUGGUAUCCCAUUUGUUUUUGUGCUUAUACGAAUUUGCAUAUUCAUAUGAGCAAAACUAUGAUGUCCCGCCAGGGAGAAACCUCAAUACUUCACUGCUUUGCGCGCAGAAAUUGCCGGAAUGUCUUUUGUCACAUCUUCCUUGCUUUUGGUGCAUGAUUCACAUGGCAAUAAGCCAGCGAGCAGCCCGUUCUCAGAAAUUUUCCAUGAGUGAAUCAUGGGUUCAUAGUUAAUUUCAACAGAAAACUAGCGGUGUCCAGGAAACUCAAAUGGUAUCCGAUUGUUUUAUACAUUUGCAGUUUGCAUAAUGAGUGUAUAUGAGAAACCUGAAGUCUAGAC